AUGCAAGAUCUACGAGAAGCAAACUCGCCAGGGCGAACCCCAGAAUUAGAAAGACAGUUGAGAGAUUUUCAGCAACGUGAAGAAAACUUCCAGAGACAGUUACGGGAGAUGCAGGAACGCGAACAGAAUUUACAACGGGAGCUCAGAGUGGUUCAAGAACGGGAUCAGUACUGUCAGAGCCAGCUAACGGAGUUUCGUCAACGUGAACAAAAUAUGCAGCGGCUGGUGAGAGACCUUCGGGAAGCAGAACAAAAUUCUCAAAGACAGUUGACGGAGUUUCAACAGCGUGAAGAAAAUUCUCAGAGGCAGUUAACGGAGUUGCAACAACGUGAAGAAAAUUCUCAGAGGCAGCUGAGGGAGUUGCAGCGGCAACUAAGGGAGAUAGGACAACAGUUGACCAAUUCCCGAGGACAAGUUUCUGAACUACAGUUAAGUCUUUCGACAGCACAGCAAACAAUAAAUCAAUUGCGUAACCAGGGAGCACGUGACUGGGUUAUUCCCCGCGACGAAAUUCAAAUCACAGAAAAAUGCCUUGGGAGGGGAGGAUGGGGAAGUGUCAAUGAGGGAACGUAUUGUGGCUGUACUGUAGCAGUGAAAGAAAUCCACGAGUUGAUUCUCUCCCCUCAUAACAUACGUCUUUUUGAGAGAGAAAUGAAUAUUGCAUCCAAGUGUCGCCAUCCUCACUUGCUUCAGUUUAUCGGCGCCACAGUUGACGAGGGAAGUCCUCUGUUUGUGACCGAGUUGAUGGAGAAAAGUUUGCGGACUCUGUUAGAACAGCGGCAACUGUCCGAAACAGAAAUACGCACCAUUUCUUUGGAUGUAGCUCGCGCACUGAACUAUCUUCACCAGAAGAAACCAGAACCCAUCAUUCACCGGGAUGUGAGCAGUGCUAAUGUGUUGCUAUGGCGACAGGGUGAUCAAUGGAGGGCCAAAGUGUCAGAUUACGGCACUGCUAAUUUCAUACAGCAGACCAUGACAGUGGCUCCUGGAGCUAUGAUUUACAGCGCACCUGAAGCACUUACAUCAAACCAAACAGUCAAGGUUAGCUUAAGUGAACAUUCAAGACUUUUUACUUACUAAAGCUGUACAGCAAGGCUAACAGUGGCAGAAGUGAAAGUGACGCUUGUCCUUUCCCCCAAACUCGCCCUCUUGUCCACUCCACAAACACUUCAACAUUCUUGAAUUAAAAAUGACCAUAUCUUUGUCAGGAGUCUUUGCACCUUGUUCGGCACUUUUUCAACUCUUUUAUGUUUUUCUCCAUGGAUUUGGUCCACCUAACUGGAUUUGUUAAUUUAUCCCUUCUUUUCUCUAAAGACAACAGUUAGAGGAUAGCCUGAGUAUCAGGCGUUUCUGGGGAAAAGGGGAAAGAUGGAAGCGAAAAAGGGAGAGAGGUGAAGGAGAGAAACGCCUGACACAGAUGCUUUUACUGGAGCCUUCCGCCCCACGCAGCAUGAUUCGAUACCAUCCAAUCAAAAUCACUUCCGGUCAUUGGGUUGUCAGCUUCACGUGUCAAAAAGCUCGCCUAAAAUAAAUCUCAAUUUACGGUCUGGCCGAGCUCCGGUGCUUGUGUUGCUACGAUUUCGCUUUUUUUCUGAAACCUCCAAUGAGGAGUUUUCGCAUACUUGUACUGUAAAACCUGCCAUUUAUGAGGAAUUAUAACAUGUUUUGGGAAUUGUGCUAGUGUAAGAUCGCCAACGCUCUGUUUGUAAAUAAACGUGUGCCCGGAAAAUUGUAAAUUGCUUUUGUUUACAGAGUUAAAUCAGCCGCUUGUCUGGCAGCUAAAAAGCUGAUGUUAUCCCUCGUAUUCUCGGGUGGUUGAAAGGAGCUGCAAGAAUAAAUAGGAAGGUGCGAUGAUGAAACACCUAUGCCUAGAAAUUAUCAAGCAGCAGCAAAUUCCACCACUUCACAGAGAGCUCGUGAAAGCUGUUACAAGUUCAAAAAGAAGUGAGAGCCUAUAGCAAAAGUCAAUCUCGUUGGCGAAAUAUUAUGGCGCCCGCUUGAGCUUAAGACAUUUCAAAAGUGAGAAAAUUUUGGAAGAGGAAGCGAACGAAUUCCAAUCACGUACGCUAUCGUAACCGCAACAAGCAAAGUCAAGCUUUUUAAAAGCAUUUGUGCUGUCGGCUAUCUCAAUACAUGGCUACCUCGCUCUAUUUUCAUUUACAGUAACAAUACCCUUUUAACGGCAGUGUAAAUCUGAACUUAGAUAUCUGAAACACUGAUAUUGUCUUCUUUGUCCCGGUCUUGUGAAACCAUAUGAGGCUUUUCCACACUCCGAGUACAUCUUUCCUUUAAACUACGAGGCCUUGAAGACACAAUUCUUGCUCGGGUUUUAUUUUUAUUCCAGAAAAGAACUUGAGAGCGCCCUCUACAGCCUUUUUGAAUUCCUCUCUGCGUCUCUGUCUGUAAAAGUAUCACAUACCGGUAACAUGAAAUCAAAACGUGUAUGAAAAACUUCAAUGACCGCCUCCUUGCCGAUCGCUCUUGCGGUCAGUGACGUCAGGGGGUAUUGUGUGUUGUCCAAUCACUGCCACAUCCAGAUUUUGGAUGUGUCACACGAUUUGCUGAAUGGUUUUGUGUCAGGCCUUCCUUUCUCUUCUCCCCCUCCCCCUCCCCCUCCCCCAUCUAAAAUCUCCUCUCCCCUAGCCCCUUAGGAGAGGGUCUCAAUGGGGUUAACCGAUAGGCGUAAAACGGGCAAAAAUUUAGCCGAUAGCCGUAAAAAUUGAAAAAUUUUAACCGUUAGCCGUAAAUAGGGUAAAAAAGAGUUAACCGUAAAAGAAGGUGUUCCUUAGAUUUGCUACUUUUAAGGAAGGUACUAAACUCACCUAUGGUUGCGUUUUUUAUUUCCCGGCUAGUGUGACUCCGUACGCACGUCAGGCGAAGCGCCUUUUAGGUGUUAACCAAGACCUAGGCUCCAUUUCCGGCGCUCUAUCGGGGAACUAAUUUUUUCCAUAGCGAAAGUGUGGCUUCUUACUGGGAAUUAAUAUCUGCAAUUUUCGGGAGGUCGUGCCCUCGAAACACUAGUGAAACAGCACGCAGCGAUGUCACUGUUUGUAAAACACGUUGCCGAUAAACAACACUUCCCUGUUUUCUCCGCUGACGCUACGGUAGACAUUGCUAUGCCUAGUCCCUGUACGGCGUCUUCCCGGCCACGCAGUCUCGGUCAAGGCAUUUCGGUGGCGAACUCGCUCGGACCAACUGACCCGAAACGCAUUAGCGGAAUAAUGCGGCCUACGAACAAGGCAACGGCAGACAGUCGUUCUGUACAGUCCUUCGCUAUCAUUAAAAACACUGGACAAGAGAAUUUUGUUAUUGGCCGUUUUCACACUAGAGCUAGAAAUGGAUCAUCCGUCCGAGACUAGCCUGUGUACAGUCGCGCCGUCCCCACAGACACCCCAUCUCCGAUUUUUUUCUGAGGGGAGGGGGCGGCUGUACCAAGGCUACCUAGAACGGAUAAUCCCGUCUUCAAAAGUCAGGCGGAUUGUUCACUCAAAAUUAAAACUAUUCCAUUUUCAAAUUAAGACGUAUUACCUAUCUGACGCGAAUCAUCAAACGGAUAACCCGUCUCACACGAAUAAUCCUUCUCUAGUGUGAAAACGGCCAUUUCUGUAAUAAUGAAUGUCGCCCCGGCCUUGAGUUGGGCGUUUGCUUGUCUGCUUUUGCUUUUUUACAAAGAUUAUUUUCAAAUUGACUACUGACAUUUCUAUGUGUAAAAUAAUAUUAGAAGUGGAUUACUUUAUAAAAAGUAUGAUCUAUCCAAUGUGAAAAUUUUUCAAAAGAAUGGCUUAUUUUAUCCCGAGAUGAUCCGAAGACCUUUAUUUUGAUUUAAAAAUACAAAAAAAUACAGGUUAAUUAAUAUUUAACGUUUUGAAACAAAAGCAGUUAAUCUUUAACUUUUUCGUUAACCGUAACUGAAAAAAAUUAACCGAUAGCCGUAAAAGAGCCAAGAUUUUAGCCGAUAACCGUAAAUGCCACCACCCCAUUGAGACCCUCUUAGGAAGGCCUGAUACUCAGGCUAGUUAGAGGAUUGCAAAAGUUAGUAUUUUUAGAAACAAAACAUUUAAGCCAAGAACUUACCAAGAGGCCUUUUAAGGAUCUUCUGUUUUCUAGGCUUUUUUUAUUCAUUUAUCAAUCUUGAUAAUCAUAUAUUUCGUUUGCAUUCUCGAGAUUCUCCCUCUGGUGUUACUUUAACUCUUUUCGUAAUCAGUAUACCACUAAUAAGUAAUCUAAAUAAACAAUAUUCUGGCAUAAAGUCAUGUAUUAUGAUUGUUUUUCUUAGGUUGAUGUCUACAGCUUUGGUGCUCUUUUCUGUGAAAUGUGCAUCCGGGAACUGCCAGAUCCUACAAGGCGAGAAGAACAAGUCGUGCUCGUAACGAACUCUGUGUUUCGCGUCCUGGUACGGCGAUGCCUGCACAGAGAGCCUGGGACGAGACCAACCAUGCAGGGAAUAAUCAAUGAACUGAAAGAUGCCAAUGUAUCAUCUUAA